CGUCUGGUCCUGAGGAUACUGUCUACCCAUAUCGAUCCUAUUGCUAUUGCCCAAGAACAGUUGUAUCGAUCCAGUCAGGCUCUCUCAGUUCCCAGAACAUUCUCGCUUACCAGAACUUGAAGACACAGACUACAUACCCAGUUCAUUCUGUCCAUACCAUCUCAACAGCAUCCCCGUUACAUCAUCUCACGACCACCUCCAUCAUUACCAUCGCAUAUCCGUACAGUUUGCAUCAAUCAACCAUCGCAAUCGUCUUCAAUCGGCUCAUCGUCAAACGGCAUUAAUUUUUUCAGUCGAUACUUUCAAUUGUAAAUCUCAAAAUCUGAACAUCACAUAAUUUCCAACCGUGUGAACUGCGCCGUUUUCUCAACAAAAUUUGCCCAAAUUACUUCCAAUCACAAUCUAAUCCGCCACAAUGGACCCGCUGGCCUACGACUACCAUCCAGCUCGUUCCACGGCCGUUCCAUCGGUGCUGACUGGCGCCACUAGUGACUCCUCUUCCCAGCAGCAACAAGCUCAUCCCGCUCAGCCUGCCACACCUCGAAUGCUUCGUUCGGUUUCAGGAAACCUCCGAAGAUCCAACAACAAUGUAGCUGACAAUACCAGUAACGUGGAAUCACCACACUACAUCGCUGCUUCGGCUACAAAUGACCACCAGCCCGAGCUUUUGCCCCCAGCCUCUAUCGCAUCUCCCUCAACCAGAGAGUCUCCGAAGGGCCAGACUCAACAACAAAGCAAUCAGAACCAAAAUCAACAAGGGCAACAAAAUCAAGGCCAUUCUCGUCACGAACACCACGGAAACCACCAUACAGCACAACAGUCGCAUUCAUCUCAACACCAUCAACAGCAGCCUCAGUCUCAGUCACAGUCUCAGUCACAACUGCAGUCACAACAGCAGUUCCACAGAAAAUCAAUUGGCGACUGGGACUUCGUGAAGACCAUCGGUGCCGGAUCGAUGGGAAAAGUCAAGUUGGCACAACACAACACCAGCAAGGAAAUAUGUGCUGUGAAAAUUAUCCCAAGAGCUGCGAAGUUGUACCAACGAGCCCAUGCCAAUGAUCCUCCGCCACAGACGACCCAGGAAGCUGCUCAAAGACACAAAGAGUUCGAUAAGGAGAUUGCGCGCGACAAGCGGACCAUCCGUGAAGGCGCCUUGGGCAGGCUCUUAUUCCACCCAUUCAUUUGUAGAUUGUACGAAAUGGUACCCAUGACGAACCAUUACUAUAUGUUGUUUGAGUACGUGGAAGGCGGCCAGAUGUUGGACUACAUCGUUGCACAUGGGUCUUUGAAAGAGAAGCAUGCUCGUAAAUUUGCCCGAGGGAUAGCUUCAGCCUUGGACUAUUGCCACAAGAAUAACGUAGUGCACCGUGACUUGAAGAUCGAAAACAUUAUGAUUAACGAGAAGGGCGAUAUCAAAAUUAUUGACUUUGGCUUAUCCAACUUGUACUCGCCUAAGACGUUGCUCCAAACCUACUGCGGCUCGCUAUACUUUGCAGCUCCGGAGUUGUUGAGUGCAAAACCAUACACAGGCCCAGAGGUCGACGUAUGGUCAUUUGGUGUCGUUUUGUAUGUUCUAGUGUGUGGAAAAGUCCCAUUUGACGACCAGUCGGUUUCGGUGUUGCAUGAGAAGAUCAAACGGGGUAAUGUGGAUUACCCCAACUUCUUGUCCCGUGAGUGCAUCUCGUUGUUGUCGAGGAUGUUGGUUGUAGAUCCUUCGAAGAGAGCAACUCUCUACGAAGUGUGCCAACACCCUUGGAUGAACAAGGGUUACGAGUACAAGGUAUCGAACUAUCUUCCCAAACGAGUGCCGUUGACGUUGCCGUUGGACCCGGAAAUCAUCAAGACAAUCGCUGCCUUUGACUUGGGCCUGGCACUGCACAUCCAGGAGGAGUUGACGAAUGUGCUCACUAGUGUAGAGUACCAGAUGAGUUUUGAAAACUGGUACAAAAUCACAGACAUGGGCCGUGAGUACGCUUCUGCUUCCAACACACACAUCUUGCCAGAUCCUACAGGUGGUUUCCAUCCGUUGAUCUCGAUCUACUUCUUGGUCGAUGAAAUGAGAAAGAGAAAGAGAGCCAAAGAGGAAGCUGUAAAAACACAAUUGCUAGUACAACAGCAGCAAUUACAAGAGAAACAGCUUCAGGAGAAACAGUUGCAAGAGAAACAGUUGCAAGAGAAACGUGAACAGCAGCGACAAGCCGAUAUUGCUGCUGCUGCAGCCAUUGUAGCUGCUUCUUCUGGAGCUCCACAGGAAAUCGCUACACCUAGAAUGCCUGCAGAACAAGAUUUUUCACAUCUCCCUACCGCUAGCGUGAACACUCCAAACCAGCAGUUCCAGUCCUCCCCAGCACCUCAGCAGCUGCGUCUUCCUGAACCUUCUCGACAUGUUCCAGAACAGCAGCAUCUCAGUCCUCGUGAAUCUCUCAGUAACCGUGAGACGUUGGACCCAAAUGCCGGCAAGAAUGCCGGAGGAAUCAACUCGAUUUUACGUAAGUUGUCUACGAAAAAGACUACCAAAUCGAGCCAACUCACAGGAGAAGUUAUCCCCUCUGGAAUCGUACACCUCCAAAAGAGACCCAAUGGUUCGCCGUGGUGUCAGUAUGAAGGUGACAGCCAAGGAGAAGCAAACCAACUCCAGACUCAAUUUGAACCCUCUGGCGAACACAAGAACCACGCUCGCUCCUCGUCCACUUCGAACAACCAGAACAAAUUCCACGGCUUUAUCCCCGUGGAGUACUUGCCUCCUUUGCCUAAUAUCAAUGCCAACACAAAUACCAUUGUCCCAAGCCAGGCUGGCUCUGGCGUCCAAAAGGCUGGUGCUAUCUCGACUUCUGGACGUAAGUUGCAUCCCACCGCAAGAGCUAAGUCUGUUGGGGGCCAUACCAGAAAGGACUCAUACAACUACCGCCAAACUGGAAACCAUCCACCGUUGCCAAACAAUAUGGCGGCUCAGAACAGCGAUGAGCUCAUCCAGACAGCUAACUCGUCCAACAAUGACGGCUUCUUUGACGACGUAAAGUUGGACGAUUUCGACUACCAGGACAUUCCACGUUUGACAGAGGCUGAAAUCAUCGAGCAGUUCAACAACGCUCCGCCAAACAGCAUGCCCUCUAUCGAACACUGUAAGACAUUGUUCUUGAAGGGUUUCUUCAGUGUCCAGACAACUUCCACCAAACCUUUGCCAGUAAUCAGGUACAACAUCAUCAACGUGUUGUGUAAGUUGGGGGUGAAAUUCCAAGAGGUUAAAGGAGGUUUUGUCUGUGUUCACACGCCUGAAGAACGUAAAUUGUAUGGUGACGCAUUCAAGUCAACAUCUUCUUCUAUUGACGGAGAACAAGACACCGCCACAAUGAGGACGCCAGAACCAGAACAAGUCAGAACUCCUAGUAGACAGCCUCUGUUACACAUUCAGACCCAAACGUUGUCGCCUAGCUCGAAUAGCUCUCGCGACCGUAGAUCGUCUACGUCCACCGGCAGUGGUGGCCAUAGACGGAAGUUCUCAAUCGGCAACUCCAUCUUGGGAACGUACCGCAAGAGAAAUGGCUCACAAGUCAACAUGCCCCCCAACACGCCAGCAACAGCUAGAGUGGGCAAGGGCUUGUAUCCCGACGAUGAGGAUUACGAUUAUGAUACUGGGUCUAAAGAACGUGACUAUGAUGAAACUGGUGACGAUGUUUCUGUCGACUCCUUAAAUGGAAUGAUGAUUGGCGGAGGCAGCGACAUGUUGGUUUCGUCGAGAAUCGAGCACAGAGCCAGACACCAACAUAGUGCCAGUAUUUCUUCGGCCUCUAGAGGCAAGAAGUCACCAUUGAAGUUUGAGAUCCACAUCGUUAAGGUUCCGUUAGUAGGCUUGUACGGUGUUCAGUUCAAGAAGCUCUUGGGUAACACGUGGAACUAUAAGACGUUGGCUGGGCAGAUCUUGACGGAGUUGAACUUGUAGACUAGAUAGUUGACUUAUAAUAUCCAGGCGACCCAUAGAUCUGAGAUAUGUGACUUAGCUCCAAUCUACGUCAUCUUAUAAGACUUAAGCUGAUCUGUAAUAUCAUAGUAACGAUAUAGGAUCUGUGUUAAACUACUAGACUAACAGUUCUGAGAGAGAAGGAGAAUCAUAUAUAAAUACUUAUUUAUUGGAAAAGGAAACGGUUUCCUUCUGUAGAUUAGGUAAGAAUUAAAUUCUUUGUUCAAAGCACCAUAAUAUAUAUAUUCGAUGUUAUACU